AUGGCAGAAUACGAAGCUUGCAUUCUGGGAUUGAGAUUAGCCAUUGACAUGGGGAUUCAAGAACUGUUGGUACAUGGAGACUUGAUACAUUCCCCUCCAUCUGAGUUGCAUACAAUGAUUGCUCUAUGGUCUUUUGUGUCUUGGGGAACGGACGUAAUUGGACCAAUUGAACCAAAGGCCUCGAAUGAACAUAGGUUCAUCUUGGUAGCCAUUGAUUAUUUCACGAAGUGGGUGAAAACAGCGACUUUCAAGUCAGUGACCAAGAAAGUGGUGGUUGAUUUUAUUCACUCCAACAUUAUUUGUCGGUUUGACAUUCCAAAGAUAAUUAUCACAGAUAAUGCUGCGAAUCUCAAUAGCCAUCUGAUGCAAGAAGUGUUCCAGCAAUUUAAGAUUAUGCAUCGCAAUUCAACUCCUUAUCGUCCAAAGGUGAAUGGAGCUGUAGAAUAUUCCAAUAAGAAUUUAAAGAAAAUACUCCAUAAGAUGGUGUAG